CCAUGAUGCAAUAUCAAAAUUAAAAUGAAUGAAUUUUUUCCUUGUUUUUCGUGUUUGAUUUCUUGUGACCACCGCCAUCAUCAUUUUUGCCCCUGCUCCUCCUUUUCGGCACACUGGAAAAUCGAUAAUAACAAUUUCUAAUUAUUACCAUGUAAUCAUCGUCAUCAUUAAGCAUAUAUAGGUUAAUUGCAAUUAAUUCAAUUAUAUCGUCGAAAAUACUUUUCCACUUUCAACAUUUUAUCAUCCGUAUCAUUACCAAACCGCAAUCACGGCAUCAUCGAAAUUUUACGAUUCUACAGCCGGUGGUGGUGCAGCAGCAUCCACCGGCAAUUCUGCAUUUUGGGAAACACUUUGGCCAACAAUGUUGAACAAUUUUCAUUCAAAUUCGGCUGCAGCAGCGGCAGCAGCUGCUGCGGCCGCUGCUUCUGUCACAGUUUCAAGUCCUUUUGCAACAAAAGAAACCAAUUUAGAUUUAAUCAAAAGUGCCCAGAAUAAUAAUAUGCUGCUUGGUGGUGGUGGCAACGGACCCAAUGGAUCGACUCAAAUCCAAAACAACCAACAAAUUCAUCAUCAACAAACUCAAAAUCAACAUCAGCAUCAUCAACAACAACAACCAUCGUCCGAACAAUCAUCUCAGCAUCAUCAUCUUCAAUUGCAUCAUAACCAACAACAACAACAUUUAGAUCUACUUAGUGGGGAAACAACAACAACAUCCACUACUAAUCAACAUCAUGGUCAUCAUCAAUUGGAAAAUGAUGAUCAUCUUCAUCAUCAUCAUCAACAUUCGCUGCAUAAUUCACAUCACCAACAACAACAACAACAGCUAUUGAUGAAUUCAUCAAUCAAUCGAACCGAUUUAUCGUCGAUUAUUGCUCAUAAUAACAACAACAACAAUUCUAUUGAUCAUCAUCAUAACGGUAAACAACCGACACACCCCCAUUCUCAUCCCCAACAUCCUCAUCAACAACAAUCGACACACCUACAUUCGCAUCCACACCCACAUCAUCAUCAUCAACAGCAACUACAACAACAACAGCAAUCAAAACAAAAACGUCAUCGAACUAGAUUUACACCACAACAACUUCAGGAAUUGGAACGAAGUUUCGGUAAAACACAUUAUCCAGAUAUAUUUAUGCGUGAGGAAUUGGCAAUGAGAAUCGGUUUGACAGAAUCACGUGUUCAGGUUUGGUUUCAAAAUCGAAGAGCCAAAUGGAAAAAACGCAAAAAAACCAACAACAAUAUCUUUCGUGCGACCAAUUCAUUAUUACCGAUCAAUACUACAGCAUCACAUCAUCAUGGUAACAAUAGCAGUAGUUUAUCAAUGAAUCCAUUUGUCGUUGGUUGUACAGCAGCCAAUGUUGUGAAUUCAGUCAACGCUGAUUCCUUAUGCGGUAAUACAUUUGGUCAUCCGAUUGGUAGCGGUGUUGGUGUUAGCGCACACAAUCAUAUGAUCGAUUCACGAUGGCCAACAACAACAUUAUCCGCAGGAAUGUCAUCACAUAGUCUUUCAAAUAUUGGACAUACAUUGCGACAAUUACCACCAUCUACCACGACUACCACAACAUCAUUAGCAAUACCAUCAUUCGAAAGCGGCGGCGGUGGUACUGCAAGUCAACAGUAUGCGAUACCAACAGCAGCAGCGGCAAUAGCUGCUUAUUCAUCAACAUCGGCAACAGCCGCAACCAAUUCGCUGAAUUGUUCGCCACCAACACCGAAUCAACCACCAGAAACUCAAUCACCAACUGGGCAAUCAUCUGCAUCAUCAUCCUCAUUAUCAUCGAUAGCAACGACCAUCACGGCCACCACCUCUACCAUUGCAUCAUCCUCAUCCUCAUCAUCAUCUUGUUCACCUGGUAACAACAGUAGCAGUAAUGGUACGGCAGCCAAUAGUACUGUAGGAUCUUCUAAUAACUGGCUAUGUUCCAACAACAACAGCGAUUCAACAACCGCCGCAACUUGGCAACGACAAAGCAAUUCAACUUUAGCUGCAUUACGACGUAAAGCAUUGGAGCAUCAUUCAGUAAUGACUAUUCGUUAAUCUACGUUAUCUUUAUCUAUCUCUAUCUGUUUCUGUGUGUGACUCUCUUUCUCUCUAAUUCAAUUUAUCUUUGAUCGCAGGUGAAUCAACCAGCUAUUUUGAUCCAAAUCAAUAUUUGAAAAUCAUUUUUUCCAUCUCCUUAUUAUUAUGCUGCAUCAUGUAAUUCAUUUCAUUUC